GUUGGCAGCUCCCUCGCCCUUUCGGAGGGAACUUUGUUUUUGUUGCGCUGCUCCGAAAUGUUACGCGAAGCUUUGAGGAUUGGCAGCAGACGAUGCUUCAGUUAUAAGUCUGUGCGUCGCCCGAAUUUGGGUGCCACAAGUGCUCCGAAGGCGGAGCCUGAAAAGACUGCAGAUGCUGUACCCGCAGCUACCGGCACGGGCAAUGGGAGCCUGGCCAAGCAGCUGAGAGCAAAGAUUCUGGCCACUGGACCCAUCACGGUCGCCGAAUACAUGAGGGAGGUGCUGACCAAUCCCCAGGCAGGCUACUACAUGAACCGCGAUGUGUUUGGCCGUGAGGGCGACUUCAUUACAUCGCCAGAAAUAUCGCAGAUCUUUGGAGAGCUGGUUGGAAUAUGGCUGGUAGCUGAAUGGCGCAAGAUGGGCAGUCCAUCGCCUUUUCAGCUGGUGGAGCUGGGACCUGGCAGGGGCACCCUGGCCCGUGAUGUCCUCAAAAUCCUCACCAAAUUCAAGCUGGGGGCCGAGUUCUCCAUGCACAUGGUGGAGGUCAGUCCGUUCUUGAGCAAGGCACAGGCACAGCGCUUCUGCUACACCCACGAAACGCUGCCGGAGGAGGCUCAACUGCCGCACUAUCAGGUGGGCACAACGGCCACUGGGACCAAGGCCUACUGGCACCGUCGCCUGGAGGAUGUCCCUCAGGGAUUCUCUUUAGUGCUGGCCCACGAAUUCUUUGAUGCUCUGCCCGUGCACAAGCUGCAGCUGGCCAAUGGCCAGUGGCAGGAGGUGCUCAUCGAUGUGGCGCCUGAGUCGGAGCCAGAGGCGGCAAACUUUCGUUAUGUCCUGUCCAAGUCACAGACCCCAGUGUCGCGGGUAUUUCACCCAAUGCCCGGCGAGACACGCCAGACCCUGGAGUACUCGCUAGAGACGGAACGACAGGUGGGUCUGCUGGCCGAACGCCUUGAACGGGAUGGCGGCAUUGGCCUGAUCAUGGACUAUGGACACUUUGGCGAGAAAAUGGACACAUUUCGUGCCUUCAAGCAACAUGCCCUGCACGAGCCACUGCUGGAGCCGGGCACAGCAGAUCUCACUGCCGACGUGGACUUUAAGCUGGUGAAGAGCACGGCCGAGACAAGGGGACACCUACACUGCUGUGGUCCCAUCGAGCAGGGGCUCUUUCUCAGCCGCAUGCAGGGCGAGGCCAGAUUGGAACAGCUCCUGGCCAAUGCUCUGCCAGAGAACGAGGCCAUUAUACGCUCUGGCUACGAGAUGCUGACGGAUCCCAAGCAAAUGGGCAGUCGCUUCAAGUUCUUGGCCAUGUUUCCCGGUGUGGUGGCGCCACAUUUGGAAAAAUUCCCCGUUGCUGGCUUUAGCUAAAUUUGUGGUUUAAUAAUGAACUUUUCUGUUGUACAA